AUGGCCGCGAUUGAACUACCUGAAGCGGAGAACCUUAGCACUUCCGAUCGCCAGCAACUGGCCGAGUGGAAUGGCACUGUCGCAGAAACACAGAGAGUGUGUGCCGACGAGCUGUUCGAGCGCGUUUGCAAGGAGAAGCCAAACGCAACGGCCGUCGAGGCGUGGGAUGGCAACUUAACAUUCCACGAACUCGAUGUGAAGUCCUCCAUGCUGGCCCGGCUGCUUGUACGGCGGGGUGUUGGCCCCGAAAUUUUUGUACCAAUCUGCUCAGACAAGUCAUGCUGGACUACGAUUGCAGUCUACGCUGUGACCAAGGCUGGCGGUGCCUUUGCGCUCCUGGAUCCCUCCCAUCCACUUUCUCGCUUGCAGGAGAUCACAAAUGAUCUCGGCGCACACCUGGUGCUCAGCUCGCCGGCACGCGCAGAGCUUGCAAGCCAGUUGGCUGAUGGACUGCUAGUCGUCAUCCUUGACGACCGCUUGGAAAAGCUCGCGCAAGUAGCCGAGGGACAGCCGGUGCCAUCGGUCAAGAUCCAGCCACAUCAUCCUCUCUAUGUCGUCUUCACUUCGGGCUCGACCGGCAAGCCCAAAGGGGCCGUUCUGACCCAUGCAGCUAUGACAUCUGCCUUACUGGCAUAUAAGGAUGCCCUGCAGCUGGGCCCGCACGCACGGGUGCUGCAGUUUGCCUCAUAUUCUUUCGAUGUGGGCGUCUACGACCAAUAUUGGUCCAUCCUGCCGGGUGGUUGUCUCUGUGUGCCCUCAGAUGACGACCGUCAGAAUCGUCUGGAGGAGACCAUCAACAAGUUACAGGCAAAUUGGGUGCAGCUCACCCCUUCGGUGGCGCGCAUCCUGAAUCCUCGCAAUGUGCCGUCACUGAGAUACAUAGUCCUCGGGGGGGAGAGUCUUGCACGCCGUGAUCUUGAUGCUUGGAGCUCCCAUGUGCAUGUGGUCGGCAUUUAUGGGCCUGCGGAAUGCUCCAUCGCCGUCACUAUCCAGUCCUCUUUCGCACCAUCCACACCAUUGGCUACUCUCGGCCGUGCGUAUGGGAUAACGUGCUGGGUGGUUGACGAGCACGACCACACGCAACUAAUGCCUGUGGGUGCGACGGGUGAACUGGUCCUAGAUGGGCAAAUAGUCAGCCAACGUUACCUCAAUAAUCCGGAGCAGAAUGCCAGGGCCUUCAUCCAGAAUCCACCCUGGCUGCCCGCGAACCGGAUCUCGGAUCGACUGAUGUAUAAGACGGGCGAUCUGGUCCGGUACCAGUUGGAUGGAACACUGUACUUCAUAGGCAGGAAGGACACGCAGGUGAAGCUGCGUGGCCAGCGCAUUGAGCUGACCGAGGUCGAGCAUCAUGUCCGGCAGCAUGUUCCAGGCCAUCCUGAGAUUGUUGCUGAGGUUGUCGUGCCCCCUAACCGAUCGCCGUCGCUGAGUAUCUUCAUUCUCGCGCCAUCUCAUGAUAAUGAGGAGCAACUGUUUGGCCAGGCAGAUGAGGCCUUUAGAGCACAGAUCCGGGAUUUACAGUCACAAGUACGACGGAGCGUGCCGCGAUAUAUGAUCCCAGAUCUGUAUCUCCGCCUCAAUCGCAUCCCUAUGACCAAAACAGGCAAGACAGACCGCAGGCACCUUCGCGAGCAGGCAGCGCAGCUCACCGUCGACCAGUUGUCGCUCUACAGCGGCAUCUCCACAGCCAACAAGGCGAUGCCGAUCGGUGCAGCGGAGGGGACCAUGCAAGGACUCUGGGCCGACAUCCUCGGGGUCGCUCGACUCAAUAUUGGGCGCAACGACUCGUGGGUAUCGCUCGGCGGCGAUUCUCUACUAGCAAUGAAACUCGUGGGUAAGGUCCACCAUACCCCUGGGCUGGCCAACUUCACCGUGCCGGACGUAUUCAACCAUCCCACGCUGGCGGAUCUGGCACAGCUGGCAACCAUGGAAUCCGCUGGUCAGCAGCUGCUGCCGCUAGUUGAGCCAUUCGCUCAGCUAUCAUCUAUCGAGAGAACUACUGUUCUUCAGGCGGCACGAGAUCAGUGUCAUCUGGCUCCUGGCAGGAUUAUAGAGGACAUCUACCCUUGCACGGUGCUACAGGAACGCAUAAUCCGGCCGUCAGUGCAGCGGCUGGGAAACUAUACCCUGCGGAUGCAGUUUGACAUGCCUGCUGACUUGGACGUGGACCGACUGGCGCAGGCCUGGAAACACGUGGUAGCCUGCCAUCCCAUCCUGCGCACGCGAAUUAUCGAGGCUGGAGUGGAGCGGUGGCUCCAAGCGGUUGUCCGUGAACAGAUUCCCCUGGACCGCCCAACAAGUCUCGAAAACUACAAUGUCCAGUACGCAGAUAUCUGGGGAAUUGGGCAACGCCAGGCGCGUGCGGCUUUAAGUCCGAAUAAGGACAUCCUGGUAGUGAUACUGCAUCAUGUUUUAUAUGAUCUAUACACCCUCACACAGCUCUUUCAACAUAUGGACCACGAGUACCGUGCGGAAAUUCCAUCUUCACCAGCCGUCAUACCAUACAGCGCGUUUGUCAAAUGGACCCGGGAGAUCGAGUCGUCCACCCGGCAGUUCUGGAACAACAUGUUUGACGGUUUCCACGGUAGAGUAUUCCCACCGCUACCUUCUUCACUCCAUCAAUCUCUGGAGAACUCCGAACUGCACCAGCACGUACCCCUGGUCCCUGAUGAGUUUACCGCCUCGAACAAGUUGGCCCUGGCCCUGGCGAUCGCAACUUCGUGGCAUAUCAACGUGCCGGACGUCGCCUUUGGCUUCACUAUGGCUCGCCGCGGGGCGCCUGUGCAUGAUAUCGCAGCGAUGGCGGCGCCAGCGGCGACCAUCUUGCCUAUCCGAGUGCGCCUGGAUGAGGAGAUUAGUCUGGGGGCGAGUCUACAGCGCAUGAAGCUACAGGCUCUGGAAAUGAUGUCUUAUGAAGGCAUAGAAGCGCGCGAUAUCGCUGCUCUCAAUCCUGGCGCCGCUGCCGCAGGCCAAUUCCAGACCCUGUUGCUCAUACAACCAGACACAUCGCAGGACUUCCCCGGUCUGUUUAAGCGGUGGCAGAUGAUCACGGAUCGCAUGCGAGCACAAUGGGCACUGAUGCUGGCAUGCUGGCUUUCAGCGGAUUCAGUGACGCUGACGGCAAAGUUUGACCGAGAAGUCAUCGACGACACACAGGUCCAGGCCUUCCUGGGUGAGAUAAAGGCCGUUAUGGCCUUAAUGCAUGACAGCCCCCAGAUUUUGGUGAAGGAUACCCAUGCUCGGGUGCUCGAUGAGGCUAAGGUGCCUGUUCAGGUUGCUGUCAAGCCGGUUGAUUUGGUUGAACCUUGA